AUGGAAAUCGAACCAGCAGAUAUUCCAAGUGACAAUGAAUCAGUUGAUGGACUGUGCAGUUCCGACGAUGAACGCGAGGACGCAGAUAUCAUCAAUGUCAAAAAAAGAGCGGAAAAUUUUGAUUUUGCUGACGAUGGAGUCGAGGCGGAUGAUUUGCCCGAUGUUCCUGAUGAAAUCUCACAAGUGAAUGAAAAAUGGGAAGAAAAGAGAAGAUUGAGAGAUGAUCUUCAAUUCACAAAAGAUUUUGGGCCCAAUAUUGCGGACACAGUUACAUCACCAAUUGAUGUAUUCUUUUGUUUAUUUCCUGAGUCUCUAAUUGAUAUAUUGGUUGAACAGACAAACCUUUAUCGAGUGCAAAGAGAGAGUCAACAGAGAGAAGUAAGCAAAAUUGAACUUCUCACAUUUUUGGGAAUAAACAUUUUGAUGGGAAUCAAAAAGCCCACAUCAUAUCGAGAUUGUUGGUCAAUGAACCCUCAACUACAUGAUUCUUAUGUGAGUAAGUUGAUGACAGUGAAUCGUUUUGGUUUUUUCCUUAGUCAUUUACAUUUGAAUGAUAAUACCAAGGAGCCUAAAAGAGGAAGUCCCGGAUAUGAUAAGUUGUACAAAAUAAGACCUAUGGUAACAAUAUUGAAUGAAACAUUCAAGAGUUGUUAUAAACCAAAACAAAAUCAAUCCGUGGACGAAUCAAUGAUCAAAUUCAAAGGAAGAAGCAGCAUGAAACAGUACAUGCCAGCCAAGCCUGUGAAACGUGGGUACAAAUGUUGGGUUCGUGCCGAUGAAUCAAGUUUUGUCUGUGAAUUUCAGGUGUACACUGGUAAAACAGAAAGUACAGAAAAACUUUUGGGUCCACGAGUUGUAAAAGAUCUUACACGCGAACUUACAUAA